GUCUCCGCCCCACUUCCUCUUCGCCAAACGGGAGCUCACAAGUUAGCAGCCAAGGCAGAUAGAUUCCCUUAGGGAAAGUUUGGGGUUUACCUACCUCCUCCCUCCCUUCGCCUUCACGUCUCCUCCUUUACCCUCCCAGGGCUCCAGGCCCAACCCGCCCCAGGUGAUGCAAGGUGCCCCCCAGCCCCGCCCCUUCUUGCCCUUCCCCUGCCCGGCCCUCCCAACUUUGCGCUCUGCAGCCCAGAUCGCGUCCUGGCUCCGGGCGCGUUGGGGAAUCCUGAGAGCUUGCGGAGAGCCGCCAGGAGGGGGACAGAGGAGCCGCAGAAAGGGGCGUAGGUGAGCGACUUGCGGAGCUAAAGAAGGGGGAAAAUACGAGAUCCUCUUGGAGUUCCUGAAUCUAUUCUCUGAUACUUAAAAGAGGGACAAUCAUCCUUGACAAUCAUCCAUCUACUGAGAGUUGAGAUGCAAACUUAGGGUGUGAAUGGAAAGAUUAAAGUGUGAUCAACUGUCCUUCUCCUGGUAUCACCUUAAGGAAUGUUGGCUGCUUAAUUUGGAUUUGUGAAUUCUUCUACAUCCUCUGCCAAAAGCCCUUCCAGUAGCACAAGUGUUCACUCUCUAAAGCCCUAUUCUUUGUCUAUAGACCAACUGGAUAGAAAAGAGAUAGAAGAGGAUCUCGGGAAGCAGAUCUCAAGCCUGGUACAAGAUUGCAUUCUUUGAAGCUGCUUCUUGUGUUCAUCUUCUGGUCCUGCUAUCUCCUAGGUUUAUGAAUUUGGGGUUUUUCAGUGAUUCAAGGCAGCAUGUUGCCCCUCGGUCCUGGUUUAGCUGUAGCUUGUCUUCAGAUCUUCAUCUUCUCUGAAAACUGGGCUUUGGCCAAAAACAUCAACUUCUACAGCGUGAGACCUCCUCUUGAUCCCACACCGUUUCCAAACAGCUUCAAAUGUUUUACCUGUGAAAAUGCCGGGGAUAAUUAUAACUGUAACAGAUGGGCAGAAGAUAAAUGGUGUCCACAAAAUACACAGUACUGUUUAACAGUUCAUCACUUCACCAGCCAUGGAAGGAGUACAUCUAUCACCAAAAAAUGUGCUUCAAAGAGUGAAUGUCAUUUUGUUGGCUGUCACCACCACCAAGACGGAGGACAAACAGAAUGCAGAUCAUGCUGUGAAGGAAUGAUUUGCAAUGUGGAAGUCCCCACAAAUCACACAAAUGCAGUGUUUGCUGUCAUACAGGCUCGAAGGUCAUCAGGCACUAUCCCUUGGACGUUCAGUUUACCAGUGCUUGCUUGUGUUUUCACAGUUCAAUUAUUAUGAUGCCAUUGUUCACAGGAGAAUUAGAGACAUUUCCUCCAAGCUCAAACUUGAAACUGUGAGCAAUGAACUUUCUGAUUGAAAAUGAACUUUGCACAUCAUGAAGAAUUCCAUAAGCACAUUUUAGACCACAACACAGAAGUAUGUGGUAUAUGGAGCCAAUUGUUUGCUAAGCUAACGUGCCCCAUGAAAGGCUCUGCAGUAUAGAGAAGCUAGGAAUGAGACAAGGAUGGAGAACCAGGAGGCAAGACUUGGAGGCCAUUAAUCUAUCAUUUUCCUUACCGCUGCUGGCUGCACUAUUUAAUAUAGAGGACUCUAAUGGGUUCUCUGAUGUUUUUAAAAUGGUAAAAGGAGCAGAGGCAGAAGAAAAAAUCCUCUGGGCCAGGCCCUUAGCAAUAAGAAGACCUGAUCUUCCUUCACUCCAAUGAGGUUGCUGAAUCAGAUUUCAACCAUUUCAACGUGCUAAAAAUUGAGUUCUUAAAAGUAUCCCAUUUUCUCAUCUGAGAAAUUGAUAUUCUCAUCAAAGAAGAAGAGUAAGGAAAAAGGAAAACAGCUUUAGGAAAGCAUUCCAGUUUAACCAUUCUGGUUUGGUCACUGAAUGUGGGAAAAAUAAAAGCUUUUAAAUUAUGUAA